AUGAUAGCUGUGACUCAUCCCUUUGCGGAGCACAUUGCGUAUUUUGCAUUGUUUGCAAUCCCGUUGAUGUCUGUAGUCCUCAGCGGGACUGCAUCAAUUGCAGCAAUGAGUGGAUAUAUUACUUACAUUGAUAUAAUGAACAACAUGGGCCACUGCAACUUUGAGUUCAUACCCAAAUCAGUUUUCACUAUCUUCCCUCCUCUCAAGUACAUCAUCUAUACCCCAUCGUACCACUCAUUGCACCAUACUCAAUUUCGCACAAACUACUCGCUUUUCAUGCCAUUUUAUGACUAUAUCUAUGUCGAAAGAAACGUCUUCAAAUGUCUAAAACUACAAACUUGGGCUAUACCAAAAUACAUGAUACAAUACCAUAUUGACCGGCAAAGAAAAAACAUCAAUGGUUUUAUUGAAGAAGCUAUAGUAGAUGCUGACGUAAAGAAGGUGCAAGUGUUGAGCCUCGGUCUACUUAAUCAGGGGGAGGAACUGAACAGAAAUGGAGAGUUAUUCAUAAGAAGAAAUCCAAGUGUAAAUGUGAAGUUAGUGGAUGGAAGUAGUUUAGUAAUUGCAGUGGUGUUAAACAACAUUCCAAGGGGGACUACUCAAGUUGUGUUUAGAGGCAACUUCAACAAGGUUGCUGCCUACCUUGCCCUUACACUAUGCCAAAAGGGCAUCCAGGUUGCAAUAUCUCGAGAAGACGAUCAUGUGAUGUUGAAAUCCAAGCUCAAAUCAACUAAUGGCCAUGAUAAGCUGGUAAUUUCAAAGACUUACUCUCAAAAGACAUGGUUGGUGGGAGAUGGACUUAGCGAAGAAGAACAACUAAAGGCAUCAAAAGGAACUCUUAUCAUUCCAUAUUCUCAAUUCCCUCCGAAGAAAGUGCGCAAAGAUUGCUUUUACUAUACCACACCAUCAAUGUUAGCUCCCAAACACCUUCAGAAUGUUGAUUCGUGUGAGAAUUGGUUACCAAGAAGGGUGAUGAGUGCAUGGAGAAUUGCAGGGAUAGUUCAUGGGAUAGAAAGAUGGAACGUGAACGAGUGUGGGAAUGAAAUCUUCAACAUCGACAAAGUAUGGGAAGCAAGUCUCCGACAUGGAUUUACUCCACUCAUGAAAUCAUUCACUUAAGCUGCAAGUGUUCGUACCAAAGGGUAUCUGUUACACCCUUGUAAGUGAUUAUGAUUAAGAAAUAAUGUUACUAGCUGAGUGUGUGUUUUUAUUUUUAUGAUUUUAUGGCUUCCUAGCUGGUCUCUAUUUUGGGAAGAAACAAUCUAUGAUAUGAUGUUAAAAUUUUAAGAAA